GUCUCGAUGCCUAUAAGAUUAUUCAGCAUCGGGCGGCCGAGGCGAAAGGUACAGAUACUGCGCAUACAAUGCGAUUAAUUGUGGUCAAGUUGAAGAAACGCGUUGAUUAGGCAAUAAACAAGAAAUGAUAUGGCCACAGUGCAGUCGACCCAACGGUAGAGGUAAAGUGUUGAGGUGUCUGAUAACGGGGCAGUACAACUGAUAGCGCCUUCCCGAAUAAUCGUACAUCAAAUUUAUCUCGAGUGGCUUCAGAUGAGACGUACCCGGUUUUGGACCGCGGCUAUCUUCCUCCGUCCGUUCGGUCUGGACUCAGUUUAAGCCGCUGCACGACGCUGUAAAGAUCGGCAGUAUGGCUGGUGGUGACGAAACUCAGUCGAAAGCGAAGGUAAAACCAGUGGAAACUUUCCCGACGGUCCCCCCGGCAAAGGAUGCUACAGUCGACGGUAACCUUCACCAGCUGGAAGCACAGCACGGAAUACUCGGAAUAGUACUGCUGCUCUUCUGCGGCACGGUGUCCAGCUACCUUUGCACAUACCUUCCGGAUGCACUGACGGUGGCGGAUUUGGCUAGCCAUCCGACAGCGUUUAUAGCCGAACGGGCGUGGGACAAUCUGCAGGUGUUGAACGAUUUCGGUCCCAAACCGACCGGUUCGCGAGCGAAUGAACUUGACGCAGCUGAUUUUCUUCGUCGCGAAAUAGAAAAGGUAAAGGCGACGAAGCAUGCAGCUCAGCGAGUGGAAACGGAGCAUCAGAUCGUUUCGGGCGCGUACCCGAUCGUGUUUAUGGGCAAUCCGCUGACGAGUGUGUACCGGAAUGCGCAGAACAUCGUCGUAAAACUGGCCGGUAGCGACGAUGUCGGCAAUGCGCUCAUGCUCAACUGCCACUACGACACGGUGGCAAGCAGUCCGGGGGCGAGUGACGAUGGCGGCAGCUGUGUGGUGAUGCUGGAAAUACUACGCGUCCUAUCGCGUGCUCCCGAACGCACCAAACACUCGAUUGUGUUCCUAUUCAAUGGUGCUGAGGAAACGCCACUGCAGGCGGCUCACGGAUUUGUCAGUCAGCAUCGGUGGGCGAAGGAAGUUCGCGCUUUUCUCAACCUCGAAUCGGCUGGGUCCGGUGGAAAGGAGCAGCUGUUCCAAAGUGGUCCCCAGCAUCCGUGGUUGGUGGCAGCAUAUGGACGUGCAGUACGCCACCCGGCCGCACAGACCGCUUCGGAAGAGAUCUUCCAGUCCGGGCUCAUUCCGUCCGAUACGGAUUUUCGCAUCUUCCGCGACUUUGGCCACGUUCCCGGGAUGGACUUUGCUCACACGAUCAACGGGUAUCGGUAUCAUACGCGCUAUGAUAAUAUUGACUAUCUCACGCUACCGGUUCUACAGCGAACGGGGGAUAAUAUUCUUGCACUCACUCGGGAGCUGGCCAACAGUGAGGAACUGGCCCGGGUGGGCGUUGACCCGACUCUUUCACAAGGCUACAGUGUGUACUUCGAUUUCUUGGGAUUUUUCUUCUUCCAUUACUCCGCUGCAACCGGAAAAGCUCUUAAUUUGGCAGUGGCGAUUCUUUCGUUAGUCGUGCCAUUCGUAGAGCUUCGCAGCACGGUUAAGCGAAUAGGCGAACGAAGCAUCGUACGCGAGACAUUGGUCGGUCUGCUUGGGACCGCCUGUGGAACGGUGGGAAGUCUUGGAACGGUGCUGCUGAUCGCGAAUCGUUUGGAUGCGUCCGGACGGGCGAUGUCAUGGUUUUCGACCCCGUACCUUAUUCUGGGACUUUACGGUUGCCCUGUACUCCUAGUGCACUGUUUCAGUCAUCGCUUAUGCAACCAUUUGCUGGAGGUUAAAAAGACUCCACUCAAUCUGACCCAAACUAUACGUUCACGUCUGAUCGGAGUAAACUUGUUCUGGGCGUUACUGAUCGUCGCUCUUACGCUAACUAACAUUCGGAGCGCAUACAUCUUCACGGUGAUUCUACUGUUUUCGCUUCUCUCCACCAUUCUGACCUCGGUGCUUGGUUAUCAGCGAAAAAUGCUUCGCUGGCUCGCCGUACACCUGGCCUUCCAGGUGCUGGCCAUGCUAUGGGCGACAAAGUUUUACCACCUUCUGCUGAAACUGUUCGUCCCCAUCACUGGCCGCAUGGGUGCAGGCACGAAUCCUGAUUACCUUAUUGGGCUGCUUGUCGCAUGCCUUGGCAUUCUAUGUACCAGCUAUCUUUUCCCGCUCGUUGGCCUACUGAAACAGGCUUCGGAACUUACGGCACGCUUGAUCGUUUUUGCAUUGAUCGCCUUUCUGCUCGCUUGCUGCACGCAGGUUGGUUUCCCUUACAGGGACGAAAGCAACGGAGAUCCAUCUGUACAAAGGCACUACGUAACGCACACACUUCAAGUGGCACAUGGUGGCACUGGGAAUCAGGUUGAAAAGUCAGGAUUUCUACUAAGAGAAAUGGAUCGCAAUGCUCUGCGCGUAAUACGAGGUGUUGCUAAGCCGGAAGAAGUUACCCCAAUGCGCCAAAUGGACACCUGCCGCACUAUGCUGUUCUGCGGUGUACCGUUCUACUCAAUCUGGCAUCAAAUUCGAUUCAACAACUACUGGUUAGACGGACCUCCACCUGCCCUGGAAAAGUCCUCCUUGCCAACAUUUGAGCUCCAAAGAGUGACUCAACUAACCAGCUCAUCCCGCCAGUAUACAUUUAGUAUCAGACAUCGUCAUCAAAUAUCGGUCCAGUCAGCGCUUAUAAUCGCUCCCAAAGCCGGAGUACGUCUUAUAAAGUGGAGCGUGAUGGCAACCGUACCGGAUAUGGUAGAAUUCAACGGACAGCGUGCUCAUUUUGUAUUGAUCACGUACGGGCUUGCGAACCAGCCGGAUUGGGAAGUUACGUUAGAUUUUGGAUAUGAUCUCGAUAACGUUCAGGAAGCGGACAACUUGUUCGACGUCAACUGGAUUAAUACAUACUGGGAGUAUAAGGAUCAUCAUACGGAACAGUUCGAUGAGCUUAUCGAAAAGUUCCCUGAGUGGGCGCACGUUAUCCCAUCGGUUGCCGUUGUCAAUAUGACUUCCUACUGAUGUUGUAGGCGGAUGGAAAGGACAAAAGAGACUUGGGAAGGGAAACUAAGAGAUAAACAGAGCAGACAGCAAAAUACCAUCCUCGUGGAAAACGAUAGUUUCUACUUUAUCUUAGUUUCUGGGAGUGAAAAAUUACACAAACUUUGAAAAAGUGCCAAAAGACAAAUUUGCGUAACAAAUAGGAAUCGUACAUUCUUGUUAAUUGUUAAUAAAAUAUUGAAAUUUUUAAUUUUGACCUGUUUCAGGCGGUAUAAAAUGUACACUGUCGAGAGCUUACCAAACUGGAUUCCUCGAUUAUUUUUUUCCAUGACCAAUUUUCAGCAUCAAUCGUCACAUUGUGGCUUCGGGAAACAACAAACCUUACCUGAAAGAAUAGAUAAAAUAA